AAUGCACAGGACUGGCCUAAUCAGACCUUAGCUGAUACUGGUUUGGCUGAGAGGUAACUUGAAGAAGCAGGUCUACUUGUAAACAGCUAUUAGAAAACAAACAAAAGAACAAAAAAACCCUAAGCCAUUUCUGUUACUCCAGUGAAAAGUCCUUUGUUACAGGUGUUUUGUCUUGGAUCUUUUGAGGCUGGGGUAGUUUUAAUUCCUUAGAUUUGAAGUUCAUGUUAUUCUGUAAAUGAUAAGGUGUAGCACAAAAUCAUGUAGAUGCCUAAUGAUGGCUGUGUUCCUUGUCCACAGUACUUUCCAGCCUGCCCCAGCUUAAACUGGCACUUCUGCUCAAGAACCGACGGGCUCUGCCUCUGGCAAUUUUUUUUUCUCUUCCUUAUGCUGGCAGAAGAUGUGUGGUGAACCCAAUCAGGGGACUGAUGUGGGUUAAAAUGAAACUUUUCAUUUUUUUGGCUAGGUUAGUUUUAAUUGGGGUUGGUUCACCACAUUGUUGCCCAAAUGUCUGUGCCAGCAAGAGGAUGGAAAUGAGUGGCUCAGGGACAGCAAGGCUGCUGCUUCUGGCAGCAGUGCCAGCUUUCCUGUGUUUUUACUCCAGUGGCACUUCUGCCGUGCUGUCCUCAGGCAAAGUGAUGAACUUUCAUGAUGUGGGUCUUCCUUUCCAUGUCCUCAUUUAGUUUACUUAUUAAAUGUUUUUGUGUGUAAUAGAUGUGGUGCUGAUCUAAUCAGCUAGUGCUAUACAUUUAAGUUAUUUAUGGUUUGAGUACAUAUUUAUUUAAACAAACAUAUUUAGCAUAUUAAUUUAUGCUUCCUGCAGUGUUUCUCAAACUUUUUUUGUAUUGUCCUCCAGGAUAAAUUACAGGCCCUGGUGCAACUCUCGAGCAACGAGGAAACAGCUAGUGACAGAGCACGGGAGGCAGGCAGGAGGAGAUGGCAGGAGGCAGCAAUGAAUGUGGCAAGUGUAGCCGGAUCGAGCUGGGAGAUGUGACGCCACACAACAUUAAGCAGCUGAAGAGGCUAAACCAGGUCAUUUUUCCUGUCAGCUACAAUGACAAGUUCUACAAGGAUGUACUGGAGGUUGGCGAACUAGCCAAAUUAGCCUAUUUCAAUGAUAUUGCAGUGGGAGCAGUGUGCUGUAGGGUGGAUCACUCCCAGAACCAGAAGAGACUGUACAUCAUGACACUUGGAUGCCUGGCACCCUACCGAAGGCUAGGAAUAGGAACUAAAAUGUUGAAUCAUGUCUUAAACAUCUGUGAAAAAGAUGGCACUUUUGACAACAUCUAUCUGCAUGUCCAGAUCAGCAAUGAGUCCGCAAUUGACUUCUACAGAAAGUUUGGCUUUGAGAUCAUUGAGACGAAGAAAAACUACUACAAGAGGAUAGAGCCCGCAGAUGCUCACGUGCUGCAGAAAAACCUCAAAGCCCCUUGUCUUGGCCAGAAUGCAGAUGUGCAAAAGACCGACAACUGAACAAAACCCCAACGAACACUUUCUUGCACUUGCUUGUCGCCAAAUAAGGAAAGAGAGGCCUCUUUAUUUUUUUUUUUUUUAAUUCCACCCCUUCAUCCUCUUGGUUUUUUUUCUUGACCUCUCUCCAACAAAAUGUAAUGCUUCUUCCAAGGAUUGUCCCAUCAUGUUUGGGGGUUGGUUUUUUUUGAGCUCUCCUUUCUGGGUUGGUUUUUUUUUUUGGUUUGGGGUUUUUGUUUUUGGGGUGUUUUUUUGGGGGGUGGGAAAAGGUGUGCAGAUCUCUUAAGUUUGAGGUGUGGAGGGCUUGAGCAGGUUAUCCUGGUGACAAGUUUCUUUCAGAAUUCUCUUUCAGUAAGCAGAAUGUAAAUCCAAUGGGGGGGAAAAAGGAAAAGCAAUUCUUGUCCUUUGACUCCUACAUUAUUGUGGUUUUUUUAUAACCUACAGGGUACUUUACUCCACCCCAACCUUUGAAUGUUCAGUACUUCCCACUCUUCCUCUUUAUUCCCCCUGCCUCAAAAAAGUAUGUUUAGUUCUUCCCAAUAUUUUUGAGUAUGGCUUUUCCCUCCACCUUUUGCUGAGAAGGGUGGGCUACUUUACCAUACCUUUUCACUCUGCCUGGGCUGAUCUUUUUUGAAUGCUUUUUUUAAAUACUCCUCACCCAAGCUGGUGCUACACUUCUUAACUGAGAGGAGGGUUUAGAGUGGUCUUUGUUUUUUCUUUUUUUCAUUUACCCAACUCCCAGCAGACUUCUGCCAGAGUAAAAGUUAGAUCUGGUGUUGGCAAGAGUAACCUUGUGAAAAUAUGAAUUCUGAGGCAAGACCCUUGCUUUAAAAAUGGGUGAAAUGCUGUGGGGCUCAUUGCAAGUUAGUUUCAUCUUCAUUGUUGGGAUGGGAAAAGUGACUGUGACCACCUCACCAGCUUUGAUUGUGUAAGGCAAGCAGCUGUCUCCAGAUAAAUCUGUUACAGCUACUAAAUCUGUGGUGGCACAUCUGAGAUGAGGUGAGGGUUGAGGAAACCAGGCAGCAAGGCUGAGAAGGCAGACAUGAAUCUGACCCUAUUCACAUAGCUUUGCAGGGGUCUCCUGGAUUUGCUUGGGAUUGGCUUGGCUUGCUGUGUUUAUGUGCUCCUUCGGGAGGAGGUGGUGAAGAACUGCACAGUUUGCUCCUUUUGAAGAUUUUUUUUGUUUUGUUUUCCCCCUUUCCCCAUUCAGUGGUAAUAAUGCAGUUCUCUCAUGAGAGGGUGUUCAUGGAGCACCGGUGAAAGGGGCAUAUAUUAGAGCAUUUUAUGGGUUUGGAAAAUAGGCUGACUGGCUUCUUUCUAGUACUGUAACCUCAAAGCUACAGUAAACUCUACUAAGCUCUGCUUUGCAUCCUUUCAUGCUUUGUUUGCGUGAAUAUCAGUGCUCCUUUCUAUGCACUGUUGCCAGCAAUUUUAUGUAUGCCAAUACAAAUACCAACCUGAGCUUGGACUUUUCUCCAAGCACCUGGGAAAGUGCACUGAGCUGAGACAGCACCAACCUGCCCCAUCCCCCAAAUAGAUAAUCGAACUGCAUUCCUUUCCUGUUUGUUCUUUAAAGUUGAAACCCGCAUCUUGAAUUCAUCCGCUUUGAAAGCCUCUGACUGACAGCGUGCAUCGCAGCCUUCAUCUGGUUAGUAGGUGCUGUCCAGCCAUUCGAGGGUGACUUGGGAACCAAGGAUUUCAAGAUGGGAGUUGUGGUGAGGCAAGGGAUGGCACCCCUCAUUGCACAUUAUGUGGUCUUUGAUACCCGAGGGGUGACUGUACAAGCUGCUCCAGAAUUACUCCUCCUUUCCCAGAGGCGCGUAGUGCUUGGAGUGCAUCUCGACAGACCUAUGCUGUAUGUAAGAUGGCUACUUUUAUUUGCUGGGUUUGCACUAAUUGAGUCUUGGGGACAGGUAUAUCACGAACAACAAAAGCCUGUCUGCAUGGCCUGAGCACCUGUGUUUGCAACACUCAGUGGCAGACUCUGGCUAGAAAGAUGCAAACAGUUUCCUUGGCCAGAGGCAGCCUAGUUUUGACAAAAGCUUAUUUUUAGUACUGCUAGGACCUGCUCACACUGGUUUUGGCAGUUCUGGCAUCUUUCUAGAAGGGAAUGUAUUGAAGCACAAUUAGCUUUCAUAUGCCAACACAGUUUCCCUGGCCAUCUGUAGACCAAACCAAGAGAAGUACAUGGAGGGAGAGACAGUAUUGUAUUUGAGGAUGUUUGUGCAGCACAGCUGUAACUCAGACCAUAGCUGCCUCUGGUGCCAAGCAAAGUGCUCUUCAUUCUUCUAGAACUAAGUGGUAAGUGUUUGGGUUGGGUAGAUGGGUGUGGGGAUAUGAACUCUUAGGAUUUGCUGUUGUCGUAGGCUUCCACAAAUUGGUGUGUUUCACAGACAGUUUUCCUUCAGGUUUAAAAGUAUGAGUCUGAUGUCUGAACUUACUUGGAUUAACCUUUGUUUCUGUCUCUUUGCUUUGGGCUGCCAUCAUUCUAUGAAUGUAUCCCUGAAAACAAUUCUUAAAGCUCCUAUUCCAUAGCAAACCUGCCUCACUGUAACUUCUGAUGAAAUGUUUCAUAGGAGGUGGAAGAGAGAGUAACCACAAAUCUAAGACUCCUUUUCCCAGGCUAUUAAUCCUGGAAAACGGUUGUUGAAUCUUGAAUACAAGGUUUAAUCUGAAUCUUGUAGAAAGCUGUGUUCCCUGUACGUGGAUAAGGGCAAGUGACGGUCAGUAGUUCUGGAUGACAAACAGUUGUAUUUUAUAGCUGUAUUAGCCCUGUUGAGUGUCAGAGGAGAACUCUUUUAGUGCUGUUACCUGGAGACACUGAAAUUUGUGUG